AUGAAAUCCCUAGCCAACAAAAAUGGUCAAGGUGGGGGGGUCCACUAUAGCACAUUUGAGGUUUUGGCAGGCCACCCUUGGAAAUGUGUUUGCAAAGCACGUGACGUGCCACGUGAUGAAGAGACGAGAUUGUACUUUCCUGUGAAUGGAAGGCCAUUUUUGCAGCCACGGCAAAUUGCUCUAGCGGGUGAUCUCCAAACCAAACCAUUGUCGUAUGGGGUGAGUCUUAUUCAUGAAACUUUGGUCAAAAUGAACAAUGACUACUUAAGGUCAGCAAUUGACUAUCUUGAGCUUCAACCUGAUAUAUCACCCAUUAGACGUGGAGCCCACCUUUAUCAGAGUCCAAAUUUUGGGAUCACUAGUUGGUCUAGGAUGGGAACACAUGAUGCUGAUUUUGGGUGGGGCCGACCAUGUUACAUGGGAAUCGCUGCAAUAAGCUUUGAGGGAAAAUCUUAUAUUGUGCCUUCUGCAGCUGACGAUGGGGGUUAUGUCUUUGAUUAUAGCCUUGCACGAUGA